AUGAAACCUCUCAACUCUUCCAAUACUCAUGCUUCAACCCCACUAGGGACCAAUGCUUCCCUUGCGAGUGGUUGCCUCACUUCAAGUUGCAACAGCACUACAUUCAUUGGGAUUCCGAAUGAAACAAAAGAGAAUAUUCGGAAUGAAUUGAUGGAGAAUGAAGAAACAAAUUUGAAAAUUAAUAUUAUUCUUGAAUCAUUCUUUGAAUUUACAAGAUGCCAUUCAAGGCUUGUACAUAUGGCAUUAUUUGCCUCAGAAUUUGCCUCGAAUCGUGUUAUUAAAUUUUGUCCUGAAUGUAACGAGAAACAGUGUCCUUUCAAUUCUUCAUCAUCGGCUGCUGUUAAUUCUUCAUCGAGUAACAUGAACAAUGAUUCCAAUGAUGGUACCAUCACUCCUCCCAAUGAUUUUUCGCUCUACAAGGAAAUAUAUUCUGCUUAUACUUUUGAAUGCAAAGAACGAUCCUUAUCUCGGAAUGAUAUGAUUAAUGGCACUCCUCAAUUCUAUUACACCAAGAUUAAUAUAGCAAAUACUGAUUUGACCUCAAUGAAAGAAUAUUCAUUGUUGAGCAGUCCAUACAUGCAUGAACGAUUGCAAUUUGGAUCUGCCUAUUUAUAUUUUCCUUUUAUUUCUUCACUAAAUUCAGAAACGGAAACUGAAGAACUUCAACGCGUAUUUAAGGAAACGUGUUGUGAAAAUAUUAAGAAAUAUUUAUUGGAGCAAAUGAAAAUUCCAAGAGAAUCAUAUGUUGGAGUGACCAUGCAAAAGGCAAUGCUUGUUGAAAAACAUCAACUUUCUUCUUAUUUUUAUGAAAAGAAGCAAUUCAUGAAGGAUUUUCUAAAUUGUGAUUUUGAAAAAUCAAGACUGUAUGGAAACAAUUUUCAUCAUUUAGAAAGCACGAGAAAUACAGAAGACCAGAAUUUGAAAUUCGAACUUGUUGAAAUUUCUUCCCCUGAAGAAUAUUCUCAAUUUUGGAUUUGCCAAAGCGAUGCUUUUUGUGGAGUUCCACAAAUUUCGAAACCUCUCACCGACCUCGUCAAACAAAGUUAUACACAAGAAAUUUCAAGACAUGAUGACACGGUCAUUGUUGGUGUAAAGGCGUUUUGUCCCUCCUCGAACAGCUAUGAGAUUGUUUCUUGUGGUGAAUUGGUGAUGGGUAAAGAAUGUGCCUCCAUAAAUCAUGUUGCCACACGCGAAGGACAUCGAAAUAAGGGUUAUGCUACGUUUAUCAUGAUUGCCUUGUUGGACAUUGCAGUCAAUCGACGUGGAUACAACAAGGUUGUGUUGGAAGCUACUGGCAUGGGCAUUCAGAUCUACCAAAGAUUAGGCUUUUCUCCAUUCUUUGAAUAUUACAUAUUCGAAUUGGAUCACAAAAACUAG